AUGCCACCACCACCAAUCCAAACGACACGACACUCACAUGUAUCGCCGCCCAUCAUGGAUCUCAUCCGGCAAGCCUGGCAAGUGGUCAUAGACCCAUACUACACGCGCUACACAGCACCACUCCAACUCCUCGGCGACGCAGCACUCUGCGUUCUCAUCAUCUUGAAAAUCCCCUACACCGAAAUCGACUGGACAACCUACAUGCAACAAAUAACCCUCUACCUCUCCGGCGAACGCAACUACGCCAAAAUCACCGGCUCCACCGGCCCCCUCGUCUAUCCCGCCAUGCACGUCCACCUCUACACCCUCCUCCACAACCUCACCUCCUCCGGCCAAAACAUCUUCCUCGCACAGCAAAUCUUCCUAGGACUCUACCUCUUCACCCUCCUCCUCAUAAUUUCCUGCUACAGAAAAGCCGGUGUACCACCUUAUAUCUUACCUUUGUUGAGUCUGAGUAAAAGGAUUCAUAGUAUUUUCAUGUUGAGGAUGUUUAAUGAUUGUUUUGCGGUGAUGUUUUUGUGGGGGGCGAUUUGGUUUUGGCAGAGACGUUUGUGGACUUUUGGGACGGUUUGUUUUACGUUGGGGGUCGGGGUGAAGAUGACUUUGGUGCUGGCUUUGCCGGCUGUGGGGAUGGUGCUUUGGCAGGGGGUGGGGAGGGAUAGGGCGUUUUAUCAGGCGCAGAGUAUGGUACAGGUGCAGGGAUUGAUUGCGUAUCCGUUCAUUAUGGGUGGGCUAUCGAGCUACUUGACGCGGGCCUUCGAGUUCACGAGACAAUUCAUGUUCAAGUGGACUGUGAACUGGAGAUUCGUGGGCGAGGAGACAUUCCUCUCCAAGCCAUUCUCCUACGGACUGCUUGCCACUCAUGCAAUGAUCUUGUACACCUUCAUUGUGGGCAGAUGGACGAGGCCGAGCCUAUGGACUUUGCCAGAAAUGAUCCACUACCUGUUCGAUCCGCCGCCGAAGCCCGAGCAAACCCGCAUCGCUCGAAGAGUCACGCCGGACUUCAUUCUCACAUCGAUCCUCUCAGCAAUGGUCAUCGGCUGUUUGUGCGCGAGGAGUCUGCACUACCAGUUCUUCGUGUACAUUGCCUGGUCGACACCAUACUUGUUGUGGAAGAGCGGCAUGCCGGUCACCUUGAUAUAUGUAAUAUGUGCGGCGCAGGAGUGGGCAUGGAAUGUGUACCCCAGCACCAACAUCAGCUCGGGAGUAGUGGUGGGGUGUCUUGCGGUCACCGUUUUCAGUAUUUGGAUUGGCACGAGUCCGUACCUCGAACAGAAACGGCAGCAGCAGACACCAUCGCAGCCACCUGAGGAGCAAGGGAAAGCUUCACAUGAGCAUGUAGAGUAG